UUAAUUGCAAAAGAAACUCCAAGAUGUCAAUUUGUUGACAGAAAUAAAAAAGGAAUUCCAUGUCUUAUCUGCGGUUAGUUCAACCUCACUGAAUUUAUCCUGCCCUGUGUGUCCUUGUCAUGCUAAACCUUGUUUUCUUCAUAGUGGAAUAAUGAACAUAAUAAUGAAUUAAAAUAUUUGAAAAUCCAUCGUACUCGAGCGGUUCAUUAAGAAUCAGACGCUCGUGCUCCAGAAACCAGCGCCAAGACUGCAUUUAAGAUCGCUUGCUCAAUAUGCACUCAAAAACUUUCUGAUGUUCUGGUUGCAAAAAAGAUUCACAAUCGAAAACGUUCGUUUGACAAACUAACACAGCAAGGUUACGUGCCACCCAGUCGGAUUUUAAGUACGAGCCUUUUCCGCAGCGAUGCAGCGCGCCUGUGAAGUACACGAGCCCAAUGGAAACAUGCCGCUAAUCGAGUCCGCACGAGCGAGGUUCGGGUGCCCAGUAGACUGAAGAGCCGAGCUUCAGUCGUUUGUAAAUUGUUUUGGGAAGACUCGUGUUUCUUUUAAGGUCGUUACCGACUCCGUGACUCCGCGAACUUCUUGCAACCAUUCACUUCACGAUUGUUGACUUUCCCGCUAAUGUAGUGAUAUGACGCAUCGCUACACUUUACGCGGUGCGCACUUUUCAAGGUCUGAAGAACAACGACAUUCGUGUUUGCUUUCUAGGCAUGAAUCACGAACACCGCGCGCGGAGCCUCCUUAACGGAGCUGUGGCAGUCGCGAGCGGGAGUGGAAUGAAGAGGGUCAGGGAGAUUGGUGGGUGGGGAUAACCCUGCUGGAGAAAAUAUUAGAACGUCACGUGGUUGAAGAUCAAAGGAGAUCCGCUUUGUAGCGCUCGGAGAGAGCGAGCAGGCUGGCCGACACACGGGCAAACACUCAGGCACGCACUCAGGCGAGCGAGCUAUGCAAGUGUCAAGGCUGCAGCAGUGAAGGCGCGUUCGUCAAGCACGGGGGUUUGUGCACCAGAAAUUAGCGCGUGCUCUCUCGUUUGUUUCUCCAGCUUUGACUUCCGAAUCAUCACUCUCGAAACCUUGGAAAUUAUGUUCCGAUCAGCGCUGAUCCAGCCGGCAAGAUGAUGAUGAUUUCACCAAGGAGAGCUUUAGGUCGCGUGGCCGACUCGGUGGCCGUGGUGUUUCUCCUGGUCAGCACGCGCCUGGGCAGCGUCGUGGCCAAGGACACUGCCUUUGUGGAAGUUGUGCUUUUCGAGUCCAGUCCGAGCGGAGAUUACACGACGUACACGACGGGCUUACAGGGACGCUUCUCCACGGCAGGCGCCACCAUCAGCGCGGAAGGCGAAAUCGUGCAAAUGCAUCCUCUGGGACUGUGUAACAGUAAUGAUGAGGAGGACCUGUAUGAGUACGGCUGGGUGGGCGUGGUCAAACUGGAACAGCCUGAGCUGGACCCCAGCUGUCUUACUGUUCUUGGGAAGGCUAAGAGGGCCGUCCAAAGAGGAGCUACAGCAGUAAUUUUUGAUGUCUCAGAAAAUCCUGACGCGAUUGAUCAAUUGAAUCAGCUCUCUGACGAUCCCCUGAAGAGGCCUGUGGUUUACGUUAAAGGAGCAGAUGCCGUUAAACUGAUGAAUAUCGUUAAUAAGCAGAAAGUGGCCAGAGCCAGAAUCCAGCAUCGCCCCCCACGGCCCACAGAGUAUUUUGAUAUGGGAAUCUUCCUGGCCUUCUUCAUCGUGGUGUCUCUGGUGUGCCUCAUCCUCCUCAUCAAAAUCAAGCUCAAGCAAAGACGCAGCCAGAGCUCUAUGAACCGGAUGGCCAUCCAGGCUCUGGAAAAAAUGGAAACUCGGAAGUUCAAAGCCAAGGUCAAAGGUCAGCAGGAGAGCUGCAGUGUGUCGGACUCCUUGAGCAGCAGUUCCACGUCGGACUGCGCCAUCUGCCUGGAGAAAUACAUCGACGGAGAGGAGCUGAGAGUGAUUCCCUGUGCUCAUCGCUUCCAUAAGAAGUGUGUGGACCCCUGGCUAGUCCAACACCAUACCUGUCCCCACUGCAGACACAACAUCAUCGAGCAAAAGAAGGGCACUCCAGGUGCUGUGUGUCUGGACCCAGGGAACCCGGUCCACAGUCGGCAGCAGAGGGUGGUGCUUCCUGUCCACUACCCAGGGAGGGUGCACCGUGCCGGGCAGGUGACUGCCUACCCCACCCGCACCACCAUGGAUCCACACGGCAACCCCAUCACCGUGCUAACGGUGGACCAACGCCCCGAGCAGAGCCUCUACUCUCCACAGCCACCCUUCCUCCCACCCUACCCCGCGCUCCACCUGGACCACGGCCUGAGCCCCCAUCAGUGUGGCCUGGAGCACCGUGCGCCCGCCUACCCACAAUCCCACGCCUUCAAGCGGCCCAAGUUCCACGGGCGUGGUUUCUCGCGCGCCACCUGCGUGUCCCAGUACGAGACCAUGUAUCAGCACUACUUCUUCCAGGGCUUGACCUUCCCACAGCCGGAGAGCCAGCCCGGGGGGCAGUCCCACAAGGCCCACGGCCGGUCCUUCCAGCCGGGAUUACUGUACCCCACCGUGGUGCACGUGGCCCCUGCCUCGUCGUCCCACAUGGGCGACUCGGGAAGCACGUCGGGGCUCAGCUGUUACCACGGCCACCGGUCGGUGUGUAGCGGUUACCUUGCCGACUGCCCCGGCAGCGACAGCAGCAGCAGCAGCUCGGGUCAGUGCCACUGUUCUUCCAGCGACUCCAUGCUGGACUGCACCGAGGUGAGUAACCAGGGCGUGUACGGGAGCUGCUCCACCUUCCGGAGUUCCCUCAGCAGCGACUACGACCCCUACGUCUAUCGCAGCCGGAGUCCCUGCCACUGCGUGGGCGGAGACAUCGCCCCGAGCCUCCCGGCCGCGGCGUCUGCCGACGACAUCCUGUCCGCCCCGGCGUCGGCAGGGGGCUCGGACUGCGGGCGGAGCCCCGGAGGACGCUACGGCUCGGGGGAGGGGCUGUCGCCCGGCAGCAGCCACGCUUCGCUGGAAGCCAGAGACAACACCAGCACUACCUCGGCCGGGCCCCUACAGGGCACUGUAGCGGGAUGGAGCCAAUGCUCCAUGGAGCACAGCAGCGAGCAAGGGGCAGUGUGCGGCUGCUGUUUAGAGGUUCCUCCGCCGGGUUUGGAGCAUAAGGGACAGGAAGGGGGGGAGCCCCAGACGCUGACUGGUGCAUCUCCGCUGAACUUCUACAGUGUCAGCACGGAGCGGCUUCCGCUGGCUGAGCACGCCGGAUACGAGGGGCUUCCCUGCUGCUUUUACACGGACAUGAAGGUCCACCGGUACGCGGAGGAUUAUUCCGUUAACGUGCAGUACGCCCAAACCGACAGCGAGGCCUGCUCCAGUCAGACCUGCUGCGAACUCGCCCAGCGGAUACCCAUAAUUCCCGAAGACACGGACUGCGAGUUAGGCCUCGGUUCCAAGCAUCAAACCAGCCUCCUUCCGUCGCUCAUGAUGGAGCGCGAGGACAGGACUUCUGAGGACGCUAAUCAAGGGUUUUUCACCUCAGGACAGUGCAGAAGUCAGCGGUCGAGUGCAGAGGAAGUCAGGGCCCUGUUUUCCCCUCAGUGCAGUGGCACUCCUGAAACUCAAGGGGGCAGCAAACCGACAUAUGAGGGUUCCAGUCUGUGAAGUAAACCUGGAGUCGGCGUUUGUCUUCCUCAAAGAACUCUGAGUGAAUUUCAAAUGGAGAUUUAAUUUUUUACAUUUAAAUUUUUUUUUUCUGUCGAAGAGUGGUGUAUUGUCAUCCUUCUCUUUCCUGUGGCCUUAAGAAUCAGACACGCCUACAGAGGAGUGUGACGGCAGAUGCAUGGCCUAACGGGCGUCGUGUCGUUCCACGAUAAACCUGUCAGUCUGUCGUAGGGAGGACGACGUUUUGGUCUGUGUGUUGGUGCUACAGAACCACAGACCCUGGCGGAGUUGAAGGCUUAGUUUUGUUUAAACACUUACACGCCUGCCUUCAUGUUACAAUACACAGAUGUUUUGGGGUUGUUGUUUUUUGUAGUUGCGUUUAUUGCUGAAAUGACUUGCAUGCGUGUAUGUAUACAUAUGACAUGUGGUCUGGGUCAUAGCACCAUGCCUUCAUCAUUUAGAGAAAAACACCAAAACACCGCUGAGUGAACGGAGAGAGGGUAAGAUGGCCGUUGCCAUGACAACUAUGCGAGUACAGUGUAUUUCAGAUUGUUUUUCACUUCUCCCCUCACACACACACACAGCUUCAUGGUUUGUUUCUUGUUUUCUUUUUUAGGAGACUACUGAACUGUUUGUUCUUUACACCAAAGUUUAGUUUGUCUCCUGUGACAGGAUUUCUCUUAAAUAUUUAUCAGAAUUAGUUCUGGAAGAGUUUCCAGAACUAAUUCUGGAAUGGCAAUUAUACUAAAAUAACCCCCCCAGUGUAACUAUUUUUAAAAAAUAUUUUAUCUGUGCCCUUUAUUUGGUAUUAGUGCACUUGUUUUUUAAAGAAAAUAUUUAACACGACUAACUGUUAGUCUGAAGAGGCCAAAGUGUCACUGUUUAAGGAAAGUGGGGAAAUGCCUUUAUUUUUAAAUUUACACUUAAUCCUAAUCCUGAAAUCUCUUCUCACACAGUCCUCAUGCCUUUCUGCUGUUUGUCUAAUGUUUUGAUAAUUCCUCUUCUGGCUUUACCACAUUUUAAAAUCAUUUUAUUUAUGUUGUCAUUAACAGUGCUGUAAUAGACUCUAAUCUCUCAUAGUUAUUGUACUGCGACUAUUUAGCAUUCUCGGGGUACUUGAGUCACUAUUUAAAUUUUUUUUUAAUUGUUUGUAGCACUUAAGAUAAGAUUGUAUAAAAGAAAAUAUGUACAAAAUUAAUAUUUUUUAAUUUUUUAAGAUAUAAUUAUUUUCUCCGUCAAGUUUCAGGCUCCAGCUAUUGAGGCCAGAGCGAGACCUGUAUAUUUCUGUAUCUGUAUAGCAGCACGGUUCAUAAAUGGAAGUACGUUCUCUGAAUAUUUAUUGACUAAUAUAUUUAUCUGUAAGCCAUGUCUUAUGUUCAGAGGGUCUGGAUGUUUGGAAAGAUUUGGUUUUUUUUGUUGAGAUCACUAAUAUGAAACGUUUUGUAAAUAGUAAUUGCACACCAGAUGAUUAAAUAUUCUCUGACCAAAAACCGAUUUUAAAACUUUUAGUACCAUACAGUUUUGUAACAAAGUGUACAAAGAUUUGAAAAUUAUAUGGUUUUAUUCAA